GCUCCGCGACCCUCAGUCCCUCAGUGUGUCUGUGACCCGUGCGGCGGCGGACGUGCAGGAGCCCCUCGUGUCACGCCAGGACAACACAAGACCACACACGUUCGCCCACCGUCGUCCCCCCUCCUCACCCCCCCGCCACCGCCCACCGCCAGCAGGAUGGGGCGCCGCAGAAUCCAGCGCUGCACCACGCCAGAGCUCAAGGACGUCCUCCUGGAGUCGUCAGGAGGAAGGUGGUUCCGGCCGGUCAACGGAUACGAUGUAGUCUUCCCGGGAAUCCUUCUCGGAGAUGCCUCCACCUCCUUGAAGGACAUCGGCGUCACCCACGUCCUCAACGCCGCCCAGGGACACAACAACGAGGUCUACCGCGGCUACGUCAGCACCACCGCCAACUACUACAAGAAGAAGGGCAUCUUCUACCUGGGCAUCCCCGCCAUGGACAUGCCCGGAUUCUACCUCAAGCCGUACUUCCGGGAGGCGGCGGACUUCAUCCAGCACGCGCUGCAGCAGGGAGGAAAGGUCCUCGUGCACUGCCAGUGUGGGAUCUCUCGCUCAGCCUCCCUCGUCGCCGGCUUCCUGAUGCUCCGGCGCGGGAUGAACGUUCAGACGGCCCUCGCCACCAUCAGCAAGAAGAGGAGCAUCUUCCCCAACCAGGGCUUCCUGAGUCAGCUGUGCGACCUGGACUACGAGCUGCGUCGGAGCGGAGAGAUCCCCGACUCCGACCUGCCCGACCGCCGCGGGUCGCUGCCCUACCGCGAGACGUCGCCCUUCCGCAACCCGUCGGCGUACCCGCGGUUUACGCUCGUGCCUUACAGGACCUUCGAGACGUAUUCCGACACCAAGACGUACGUGCCGCCGCGCAGGUCCUCCUCCGUCGACCGCUACGAGGCGCCCGCCAAGCCCUUCGCCCACAACCCGCUCGUGGAUUCCAAGACCUACGGCCGCACGAGGUCCUCCACGAGCCCCGUCCGCUACACGCGAAGCCCCUCCGUGUCCUACACGAAGUCCUUCAUCGACGACGACGAGGAGGAGCCCAUCAACACGAAGGUGUUUGACACGUACAAGCGAUACGUCAGGUCCUCCACGACGCCGCUGCCGUCCUCGGUCUACCGGGAGAGGCUGGCCCGCAUCCUGGACUAUUACGUGCCGCCCAGGAACAUCCUCUACGAGACUACGACAACGCCGUACUCCUACUCGGUGGAGACGUACUACCCCGACAGGACCUACCAGUACAUCAACAACCUCAAUAAGUACUACGACACCUACAGGUACAUGCGGGAGCCGAGCCCCGUCAGAGCCUACUCGCCCGUGCCCGAGCGCCGCCCCUACAGCAUGGUGCCUCUCAGGGGCUACCACUCGGGUACGACCUACGUGUCAACCUAUCCUUAUACAGAGAAAUACUUCCCGACCAUCUGCAAGUAUCCAGCCACAGCGCGGGCUCUAAACACAGCCACGAUGUCCACCUUUGCGACUCUCAGGGCGUAAUACUCUAGGCCCUGGGACGCUAAUACCUAACAAUGCUUUUAAAAUCAAUGUUCAUGUUUCAGCUUCAUUGUUUCAACAUUCGACGUCCUGCCGCGACGUCCCAUGUUCAGACAUCAGCAUUUGGUCUUUUUAAGAGUCUAUCCAAAUCAACCA